AUGAUUGUGUGCGAACGGCAAAAUAAACACACGAAGGAAUCUCCAAAGCAAAUAUUUUCAUCGCUUCGAUUCGAUCUUCCUCCAAUGGCUGUCAACGCUCCGAUAUCGUCUCCGGCGGCUCAUCCGCGAACACAGUUUCUCUCCAAUCCCGUUCUCCCUCGCUUUCGCCGGUCAUCCUCCGCCACGAAAUCACCAGCAGCUUUCUCCGUCGUUUCUAUGGCUCCCCAGAAGAAGUUUUGUGUAACUGUGAUCACUGAACCGGGUAAAAAUAAGGUGAACAAAUAUGAUGCCAAGUGGAAGAAACAAUGGUACGGAGCCGGAUUAUUCUUCGAAGGGAGUGAAGAAGUAAACGUGGACGUAUUCAAGAAGCUGGAAAAGCGAAAAGUGCUAAGCAACGUUGAGAAAUCUGGCCUGCUCUCGAAAGCAGAGGAGCUGGGACUCACAUUGUCAUCUCUUGAGAAGCUUGGUGUCUUCUCCAAAGCAGAGGACCUCGGUCUUCUCAGUCUCCUUGAAACGUUAGCCGGUACGUCGCCUGCGGUCUUAGCCUCCGCUGCACUCCCGGCUCUGACGGCUGCAAUUGUAGCCGUGGUGCUUAUUCCCGAUGACUCGACUACUCUGGUGGUUCUUCAAGCGGUUUUGGGCGGUGCUCUUGCUCUUGGAGCAGUCGUUUUGUUGGUUGGGUCUGUUGUUUUGGAUGGACUUCAAGAAGCUGACUGA